UGACGCAUGCGCCAUUAUUAAAUCUUGUGGCAAGCAGAUGACGACAGACUAAUUUAUAAAAUGCACAAAACCAAUAUUCAGUAAUCGAUUAGUCAUAUUGAGUAAUUUGUAGAAAUGUAGAUAUGACAAUGACAGAACCAUCUCCACAAAUCGCAGAAGAUCAAAUAGAUUGUAAAACUGUCAAUGGAGUGAAUAAUUGCGAGACAUUUGGACAGGAAGUAAACAAUGUAGAUCUACCUUUAGAAAGUGGGGGAGUGUCCAGUGGCAGUGAGCAACUGGAAGACUGUCAAGAUGAUAAUAUUACAUCACAGGCCCAGGACUCUGAAACAAAAACAGAAAAAAAGGGCAAAGGAAAAAGUGUAAAAUUUCCAGAUGGAGGGUUUGUUGCGGGCUACAAUGAACCUAAAGAUCCAUGGAAAAAUGCGGAAAAUUGGACUACAGAUGAACUUGUUACUGCUUAUAGAAAAAGUUGUGAGAAGCAUGGGACAAAACCAUUACCUAAACUUGUUCAACAGCUUCAGAAAAUAACAUGUACUGGAAAAAGACAUGAUAGUUUGAUUUUGAAAGGAGAAAAGCUAGAUCAGAAACACUGUGAAUGUUUGGAAGAAAUAUUUCGACGAGUACAGUUUCGUCUUGUGGAUCUGGAAUCCAGCCACUUGGAUGAUGAGUGUGCUGUAGCCUUGUUUGAUAUGAUAGAGUUUUACUGUUCAGCUUGCCAGUUAAACAUCUCCUUUAAUAAAAACAUCAGUAUGAGAGGCUGGCAGUCUUGUUCUCGUCUUAUCAGAAGGACUCCCAGCUUAACGUUUUUAGAUAUGCGUAACUGUGAUUUGAAUGAAAGAUCUAUCCCUAUAAUGGGUAGAGCUCUUAAAUUAGGUAGUCAUUUGACCAUUCUUCAUUUAGAAAACAUAUAUCUCUCUGGUAGACCAUUGGUUAUUCUAGUUGCGGCUCUAAAAAUGAAUGAAAAUUUGUUAGAAUUAUUUUUAGCUGAUAAUAAACUAAUGCCCAGUGAUGGAAUACAGCUAGGAAUAUUGAUGAAAUAUAAUCAUAAACUAGAGCUAUUGGAUCUUAGAAACAACCAUCUUCAGGAUGUAGGUACAAGACAUCUUUCUGAUGGACUAGCUGAACAGACUGCAGGUCUAAUGACGUUAGUACUUUGGAACAAUCAGAUCACUUAUCAGGGAAUGCCAUCUCUUGCUAAUGCUUUGAUGUUUGUACAAAAUUUAGAAACACUAAAUCUUGGUCAUAAUAGUAUUACUAAUGAAGGUAUCCACCAGUUAAAAGAAGGCUUGUUAAAGAAUAAAUCCUUACUUCGAUUAGGACUGCAGGGUACAAAAGUAACAUGUGAAGGGGCUGUGGCAUUAGCUGAAUAUGUGGCUGAUAGUUCUAAAUUAUUAAGAUUAGAUCUUAGAGAGAAUGAUAUAAAAACAGCUGGUUUGAUGGGUUUAUCAUUAGCGUUAAGUGUGAAUGAAACUGUUACCAGAAUUGAUUUAGACAAGGACACUAAAAAAGAAUCAGGUGUAAAGGAUUAUGCCGAUCAACAACGUAGAUUACAACAGGAAAUUAUCUGGUAUCAGGAAAGAAAUCAGGUCAGAGCUUUAGAACGAGAAGAAGAAGAACGUAGAAAGCUAGAAGAGCGUGCCCAACAAGAGGCAGAUUUACGUAAGGCAGCUGAGGCAUUAAAAGAAGCACAGUUAGAAGAUCAAGCUAUGGCUUACAUUCCAUCAAUGGAUAAAAUACAGAGACCAAAACUUUUGUUUUCCAAUGAUCAAACACCUCAACAGACAUUAGAAUCGCCCAUAGUAAAUGAUGCUCAAACUACACCCGAAAAAAACCGUGUAGCUGGGCAUUCACAAGGAAUGGACUCCCCUUGUUUUCUUUCUCCACCUCCAGCAGACCUUCUUCUUAGUCCUCAGUACUGCCCCGAUUUAACAGCUAAAAAGAUAUUUACUGUUAGUCGUGUAACUGAUAGUACUGUGAUCAAAGGCGGUAUACAGACUGUUGACAGUCCAGGAGCAUGUGUCGACAUAAGUAAGUCCCUUGAUGAACCGCACCUAUUGGUUAGUCCUGGUACCUUAUGUCAAAAUAUGGCCUCCGAAACUAUGAAUGAUUACAUUGAGCAGAUUGUUUCUGAAGCCAGUAAAGAGGAUGAUGAUUGUGAUUCUGGGGAAUCAGAUGCAAACGGCACUAUUGACACGAAUAGCACAAUUGAAUGCGAUUCUGAAAGUGACAAACCCCAGUUGUGUUCAAAUGACUCCACCAAAUUAGAGACAGAGGACAUUAAGCCAAACUUUAUUCCUCUGGCAGUUAGUCCUUCAGACGCCCGAAAUGAUUUCUCUGAACCAGUAAUUGACAGUGGAUCCUCCAAUGUUAAAUCAGGAAAUAAAUUGGAUCCUCUUGGUGUAUUGAAUCUUGACUCUAAAUUAUGUGACAGUGAUUUAUUAACCAUUGCUAACGCAAACAGUGAAGUUAUAUCAGAACCACAAGAUAAUGUGAAUUUAUCAGAUGUUAAAUAUAACUCGGAAAACGUGAAACCCAUUGAACUAUCAGAUAGUAUAGUAGCAGAACUAUCAACUUUGCCAUAUGAGGAAAUCAAUCCACCCUCCUUUGAUAUGUUGAAUAGUUUAGAAAACACAAAAUUUAGUGACAGUGUCACAAACUAUGCGAAGGAUAAUAAUUUAAACUUUGAAAAAAGUAUUGAGAAACUUGUAGAAAAUGAAGAAAUGGGCGAGUCAAGCAGUGCUAUCACUAUGAACACAGCCAAUGAGUUAAAUUUACCCUCUAAUGUGAAAAGUAGCGAAAAUAUGGAUUCUUUAACAGGGCCAGAUCAGUGGUUAAAAAUAGAUUCAUUAGAUCUUGUACAGCAAAAUAAAUUAAAAACAGUGUUUGAUACAAAUAAGCCUGAUUUUCACACGAAUCUUACUAUGAAUGGGUUAACAGAAGAAUUAGCCAGUGCUUUGGAUAUAUCUGAAGAACCUUCAGAUUCAAUUAUGGGUGAUAAGACAACGCUCUCAACCAAUACAGUAUCUAAACCCGUUCCUGAAACAGUUCCUGGUGAACCAAACGAUACAAAAGAAAUAAAACAGUCUGUUGUUAAUUAGAUAUAACUAACUUGCUUUAUAAUCAAUCUUUCUAAAAUUAUUUUACCAAAUGUUCUAUAAAAAAAAAACAACAAAAAAAUACUUUAAAUUUAUUACCAUACAUGUAAGUACAUUUGUUGGUGGACCAAGUUACUUUACAUAACAAGUACAUAUACACGAUUGAAUGGGUUGAAUGUCCUAGCUUUAUGAUUGAAUGAACAUCUUAUCCAAUUAUGUAGUUUCAAAAUGCAGUACCUUUUAUUCAUUUUCUGUUAUAGUAAUGCACAAACCAAAACAAGUUAGGUGUCACCACAAAUGUAAUGCACCAAUUCGUUUUGAUUUGAAAAAUACAUGAAAUCACCCUAUGAAUAGUGUUAGUGAAGAAUUAUAAUCCAAUGUUUAAUCGACUGUGAUCCCUGUAAAUUUAAAACAAAAGGCUACCUAUAUACAGUGAUGUAUUUGUAAUAUAAAUUGUAUCCUUAAUUCACCAGGUGUGUACAAAAUAUUCAUUGAGCAUUUAUGUUAUGAUUAGUUAAAUGUAUAGCUGUGAUACCUGUAUCAUUCAUUAAUUAAGACAAACCACAUAUCUCUUUCACUAAAUAAAAUAGUAUAACAAUUAACAAAACAUACAAAAUGUAAUUUUCAUCUAGAUAUUAAUCAAAUUAUAUGGAAAAUAAAAAAAAAAAAAUUUUUUUUAAAUCAAAACAUAUUUUGCAAUUAUUUACUAUAUUUUAUUAUUCUUUCAUCUUGGUUUUCAAACAAGACAAAUAUAAUUGCUAUUAAAAAUUAAGUGAGUUCAUGUAUUUAGUAAGGAUUCUUAAAUAAUUAUUAGUAUCCAUUAUAGUGGAUGUUAGGUGUUUGUUUAUGCAGGUCAGCUGUUUCUCCCCUAUUACAGGAAUACUGUAGAGAUAGAAGUUAGAGCACCCUGAUCUUUAAUGUCUUACAGAUGGUAUACUCAAUUUUGACAUAAAAUUAAUGUCAGGGCAUUAAUUUGGUUUCCUUGGUAACUGGAUAUUAUAUGUAAUGCACUUGAACACUUAUUUAGCAGAGAAUAAGAUGUCUAUUUUUGACAAAUAGGGCACAGAAAAAAUUGAAUGUUUUUAAUGUCUUAUAGUCAACAACAAACUGUAGUCAUAUGUGGAACAUGGUCAAGAACAAUCAGUAGAACAAUGGGAGUUGUGUUUUGUUCGCUAAAAUUGAAAUCAACUGUAUGAACUAGAUCUAUAGCCUUUUGUCAUAUAUUUUUACAAAUAUGUUCAGUUCCUUGUGAAAACAUUUGAAUUAUCAUGAAUUAUAUUUUUUGCAAUAGUUUGUCCUAUCAUCCAUGGUGUUAUAUAUGAGUUUUAGUCUGUGAUACCAUCAGGCUUUUGUUUAUAUUUGCAUUUACUAUUUAGUAUGUACAUGUAUAUACAUGUAUUUAAGUAUAUUAGUGUGUAUAAAUUGUAUAUUAUAAACUCAUGUAAUAAUUCUGUUGUAUACCAUUAUUAAUAUUCUAUACAUGCUGAGGUAAAAUGUGUAUAUUCAUGGGAAUAUAAGGGAAAUUAAGCCAUUGUACAUAUAUUAAGAAGGAUGUGUGUAAUAUCCUUAAAAUGUUAUUAAUUCACACUUACACUGUAUUGGAAUGGCAAUUAAUUUCUUUAAAAAAAACCAAAAAGCCUAUGACCUUAAAUUCUUUCUUAAUGAAAUUUAUUGAGAGUAAAUUUUGGAAGGAAAAAAAUAAUUCAUCAUGCAUAGUUCAUUAUUAGAAAUACUAUGAGUAAUAUUGAUAAAUAGCUGUCAAAAAAUGAAGAUGAAUGAAUAUAGUAGAAAAAUACCUAACAUGUAAACCACCAAAAAGUGUAGUUUAGUUGAGUUUACUUACAGUGUUUAGUCAUAUUGAUUUACCUGAAAUUUAAAGUGUGUUAUUUUUCUGCUAUAUUUAUUCAAAUGAUACUGUAUAGUGUACAGAUAUCCUGACCUCUCUUCCAUAUAUAAUGUACAAGUGUUGGUACUGUUUAUAAUGCCUUUUUUUUCAUUCUUUUUUUAUUAUUUCAUUCUGUGAUAAUGGUUUAUAUAUAUAAUCAAAAUAAUUCAUGGUAAAAUUCCAAUAUCAUUUCUUUGAUAGAAUACCCUAAAAAUGAAUCACACAAAGAGACACCAUCAUAUUAGAUAACUAAUUUAUUGAAAAUCCAUGGACUGUCUUAGUUUUUAGAUUAAAUUUCACAGAAGGCAGUUUUUAGAAAUACAGGGUAGACAGUUGAUCAAGCCCAUAAAUAGUUGAACCCAACACCGACAGGAAAUUGGAUCAUUUUGGGCUGUCGGACCUUAAAUUCUUUCACUUCAACCAGUUAUUAUGACCACUUUAAACCACACAGUAUGGAAGCUUCUGAACUAGAUCUAAUACAACCACAUUCUACCAUGUUACUAUCACAUCAAAUAAUUAGAAAUGUAUGAAUGUCUUACAUGUAAACUUUUUUUUAUACUUUGUUCACAUCUUAUGUUUAUCCUUGAUUUCUCUUUUUCUUUUGUAUUACAAAAUAUUAAAAUCGUGAUGCUUUUCUAUAAAUUUGUAUAAAUUAUUAAAUAUUUUUAAUAAAGUGUACAUAUAUUCCAUACAUGGUAAUGAGGUAAUUUGUGUACAUAUCAUUCUUGUAUACUUGUUAUUUAGUAGGCAACAGUUGUAUUUGACCUGUAGUUAGAUAUGCUCUUGAUUGAAUGAGGUAGUGUUGGAUGCAAUGUUUUAUGCAAAUUUAUUAAUUAUUCCUCUUUCCGCAAUUGUUAGAUGUCUCACUAUCAUGCUUGUAAACAAUUGGAUGAGUAUAAAUCUUGCUUAUUAUUAUUA